AUGGAUUUUGAAGUAGGAAAAAAUAACCUAAAAACAGAAUUAUGUCUCAGAAGUGGAAGAGUUUUAGCAGUAAGGCAACAAGGAACAAGAAGUAGAAAUGUAAGAUCAACCAGGGAUAUUAGAAGAAAUUUGAAAGUUUGGUUAGAUUUUAUCGAACCAGGUUUAUUUGAUCGAAUAGAAGAGUUAAAAAGUAAUCUCACACUUAGCAAUGCUAUGGAUUUUUCACAAUGGAUGAACAAGAGAAGUGGUAAUAUUACUUAUGUAUUAAAUAGAGUACCAGAUCCUACCACAAAGCAAAUUUUAAAUGAUACCUUGACUUCAUGGAGAAAACUUACAGACAAUGUUUUAUUAACACACAUAUCCGAUUCAUAUGUAGAUAGAAUGGUUAUUCCAGAAAGGUUAGCAAUUACUAAUGGUUUGUCAAUUACAUCUGCAUCAUCUAACCAUACUUCAUCAUCUAAUUCUACUUCAUCACCCACACCUACUCAGUCAUCUAACUUAACUACGUCGUCCAUAUCUACUUCAUCACAUGAAUUAAACAUAUCUCCAACUGCUAUGAUAUCCGCAUCUGAUUUAUCACCAACAACACCUGAUUUUCAUAAUAAUUCUGCGAUUCCUACAAAUGAUACAAGUGAUUUAUCUACUGUUUUUUCUACAAGUGCAAUGGAUAGUGCUACUACUAUAAUGAAUAAUUCAACCGCAUUAACCCCUACAGAACAUGGUGGUGGCUUAACUGGUGCAACAUGCAAAGGAUUAUUUUGUGGACCAGCUUUUGCUGUUCUUCCUGUUUCUCUUGCUCUUCUUGGGUAUACUCCUGUUGGAAAAUUUCUUGGAAGAGAUAAUCCAAAAAAAAAAAAAGCAAAAAAAAGAUUAAAUGAAAUGCCUAUGGAAUGUAUAAAUUCUCCUAAAUUAUUAAAAAUAAAAAAAACAGAAAAUGCAAAGAGAAGUAGAUUACAUAGAUUUCUUCGUGCAUUCGGUUAUGACAAGAAUUUUCCCUAUAUAGAUGAAGAUAUACCCUCAGAUCAAGUAAUAUAA